CUUGUGGCCAGCAGUCAACUUCCUGCCGGAAAGUCAACUCAACACGAGUCACGAGGAUUGCGAAAAGGGCAUCUUUUUGAACGUCAGAAGCAAGCUUCUGCAACAAAGAAGGCCGCACAGCAUCCGGGCCAGCAUGCAGGAGGAGGAGGAGGGCGCUUGCACUAAACAGUAACUUUAGUAUCUUCGCUGUCCUGUUGAAACGAGACGUUGAUACUACCUGAGGCGGGACACUUGUGAAGCCUGUUCUGUCCGACAGCACAGGGCUCCUGCAUGGGGCACGGUCGAUUGUGGGGAUGAAACUCUUUGGUACUUUGGAAUUGUCCAUUGAUGAUUGAGCGAGUUCUGCUGUAGCACAGGGCUAAUCUGUAACUGUUGGAAAAGACUCAUGAUGGAGCGGGUCUUCUCAGUUGACGACAUCCUAGGGACUUUCUGGAAGUUGGACACGCAAGGGGAUGGGACGCCAAAGGAGGACCACAGCAAUGGGAAGCUGAGCAAUGGUUUUCCAUCCUCAGCCUCACUGCAGAACCUGCACGCCUUUCAGAAGAUGAGCCGAAGUUCCUCGGAGUUCAUGUUCCAAGAGUUUAUGAAGGAGCACACAGCGGGGCUUAAGGCGGUGGAUUCAGAGAGGAGCCUAGAAAAGUUUGGCUCCAUGAGAAGCCUUCCCUCCGUGGACAAGCUGGACGCAUUCCUCAGUGUACCUUCAGAAAGUAAAUUAGACAAAUUGGAGGAUGGUGGCGGGAGCAACCGAGGGGCCAAGAGCAGCCCGUUUGGCAUGCCAGAGUCACCAACGGCCAGCGCUCUCAACCCUCUCUUCUCAGGACUCAAAAAUGAAGCACCGCCCUCUUCAGAAGAUCAGGGGUAUGCAGACUACCUGCGCAAUCGCCUUGUCAUGGCAUGCGCGGUCGCCUCAACAAGGAUGAUCAGCAAUCCGUCAAAUGGAAGCGAGCAGUCUUUGCAGAAUGGGACUGCAAUGCCGGACUCGCCACUUGGUUCUGCAUCCAUGUUCCCCCCCCUACCUAACACCUCCUACCCUCCGAUGUCCUUGCCCAAGCCCCCUGGUCCGCUUGGCAUCCCUCACCUCCCUGCCAGGCCUAUGGCCUUUGGCAAGAAGGACGCCUCGGGCCCCUCGUCGCGUGACGUCUCAGAGGCUGAGGAUGACAAGGGGUGCAGGAGUGGCGAUGGCAAUGAUUCUCAGGACGAGGACGGGAAGGAUAUGGGGCCAGAUGAUGAGAGGAAGUACAAGAGGAUGCUGUCAAACAGGGAGUCUGCGCGGCGAUCGAGAAGAAGAAAACAGCAGCACCUUAGUGAGCUUGAAUUGCAGGUGGCGCAGUUACGGGUGGAGAACACGACUCUGAUAAAGAGGUUGACAGAGAUAGGGCAGAAGUACAACGAGGCGGCAGUGGACAACAGGAUACUCAAAGCAGACGUGGAGGCGCUGCGCGCCAAGGUGCGGAUCAUGAUGCACAUGACGGGGGUCCAGGACAUCAACAACCCUGAUCUUGACAAAGAGAAGGUGAAGCUGGCUGAGGAGAUGGUAGCAGCUCAAGCCGCCAACCGGUUGAGCACGCGGGGUGGCCCGGCCUACUCGCACUCCCAGGGGUCCUCCUUCCCUCAGAACAGCAAUGCUCCUAGUGAAGGGGGUCCCAACGGAAACGGCGCUGCACCCCAACAUGACGGGCGGGAGGGCAGCGAUACAGCCGACCACGCAGGGUCGCAGAAGGGGCUGCCGCAGCAGCAGCAGCAGCAGUUUGGGAACAAGAUGGGGCGCACGCCGUCGAUGCAGCGGGUGGCCUCUCUGGAGCACCUGCAAAAACGGGUGCGGAGCGGGCAGUCAUGCGGGCCGUCAUGGCAAACUUGGGAAGCGGAUCAACAGUCCAUGCGAGAGCAGACGGAGACGUGACGCCGGGAGAGGACCGCACCAGUAUAGAGGAGCCAAGAGACCAGGUAAAGUGGAGCCCUCAUGUAAAAGGGCCGGCAUGGUUUGCAGCUGAGCAGAGUGGAUGAUUAGCAAUAGAGCAGCACAUGUAGAGUACCGGGAUGUAUAGUGAUCAUGCAGGACAAGUGCUAGCUGAGAGCGAGGGGAGAGCGAAGGGCUUGAACGUUGAGGUUGGUGUCGAUGCUAGUACACACUUGCUUGAUGCAUUCUUCCUCUGUAAAUAGGCACAUUCUUUGGAGCUGUUGGAGCUGUUGAAGUUGCCAGGGUUCAGAGAGUUUUGUACUUGGUUUUGAGUGAGGGUGAAAAUGGAUCCUCAGGGAAUAGAUCCAAAUUGCAGAAACAAGAGCUGAGUAGCAACGACAUUGACGAGUACAGACAGAACAGCUUAUUCUUGUAGCAUUGCGAGGACGCUUGAACGUUUCGCGUGUACCAUGGUUAUCAAACGAUUGCCGAAGGCGUUUCCUGUUGUUUCUGACAUCCAGAGUCAAUCGCCUUCCAUUGAGUCGUAAGUAUGCAAGC